AUGGCGGGGGGCAGCCUGCAGGACCAGCUGCUGAGGGCCAAGAAUGGGGUAUCUGAUGCAAUUGCAGCAGCCGGAGCGGCAGGAGCAGCAGCAGCAGCAGCAGCAGCAGCAGCAGAGGGAGCAGCAGCAGUUGUAGCAGAACCAGGAGCUGGAGCAGCAUCAGCAGCAUCAGCAGCAGCAGCAGCACCAGCUCCCACCCCGGCUUCAAACUUCCCACUCCCCCUCCACCUCUCCUGGCGCGACCGCAUCCGCAUCGCAGCCGAAAUCGCCUCGGCCUUGCUCUGCCUGCACCAGUCCCACCCGCCCAUCCUCCACCGGGACCUCAAACCCGACAACAUUCUCCUCGACCAAUCAUGCACCAGCAAGGUUGCUGAUGUGGGCCUCUCCUGCGUUGUCCCGUCCUCCAAUGUGGUAUUUACCCGGAAAGUCCGCGGGACAAUCGGGUUUAUAGACCCCGAGGCGGUGGAAUCGGGAGAGUUGACGACCAAGUCGGAUGUGUAUGCGUACGGGGUGGUGCUGAUGCUACUGCUGACGCGCUUCCCCGCUGCUAGGGACCUGCACAGGUACCUGAGCUCGCUCCCGUUUGAGGUUAUGCGGAGCCCUGCACGUGCUGCGACUGCAAGAACGUCAGAGCGGCGACCGUACAUGGAAGAGGUGAUGGAGGCAGUUGGUGCUGUGGCAAGAGAUGCUGCUGCCAGGGGGGACAAAGUGGAGUGA